AUGACGGUUGGUCAAGUAUCCGGUCCAUUAUUGCUGAGGAUUUAUUAUUUGCAUGGAGGAAAAAGUAAGUGGCUCAGUGCUUCGUUACUUACAGCUGGCUUCCCUGUGCUGAUCAUCCCAAUUGCCAUAUCUUACAUGAGAGCUAAAGAUCGAACUAGUAGGGUACUUAUUACGAGGUUGCUUUUUGCUGCUAGUGUCAUCUUGGGACUUCUUCUUGGCCUUGUUAGCUAUCUCUGCUUCUUUGGUUUGUCAUAUCUUCCUGUUUCUGUUUCUUCUAUUCUUGGUUCUAGUCAGUUGGCCUUCACUGCAAUUUUUGCUCACGUACUUGUCAAGCAGAAGUUCACGCACUACUCAAUAAAGGCGGUGUUUUUGAUGAUCUUUGGCUCUGUUUUCCUUGGAUUUCAUAUGAAUGGGGAUAUACCAAGUGGGGAAUCUAAAGGAAAGUAUGUUUUGGGUUUCUUCAUGACCAUUGCUGCUGCUGCUCUUCACGGGUUACCGAUCCCAGCAACGGAGCUUAUUUACUUGAAGUUUGGCAGGGCCAUCUCCUUCGACCUUGUCCUGCAAGUUCAGUUCCUUACAUCAGUGUUUGCUACUCUAUUUUGCACUGUCCCCAUGAUUAUCAACAAGGACUCUCUGGCCAUAUUAAAAGAGGCAGCAGAAUUUGGUCUUGGUGAAGCAAAGUACUACACUGUACUAAUCUUAGGAGCAAUAGCAUGGCAAUUUUUUCUUUUAGGAACUGUCGGAGUGAUCUUCAGCUCCAGAUCUCUAUGGGCAGGUCUUGUGACAUCUCUGCUGGUUCCAGUUGAACAGAGAAUUAGACUCAAAAACGUCAUUUCUGAAGAGAAAUGGGGUGCGGAGCGGGACACAAACAAAAUCGAUAUCUUUCAAUCUCAGUGGAAUCUUGUGCUGUCCGAGGUUAAUAAUCCAGUACUUCAUGAAUUAUUAAGGCCAUGA